UUUACAUCAACUCAUCAUAAAUACAACAAAACAAAAACAAAUGUUGAUUUAGGGGGAUGAGUUGGCUUUAAUGUUUGUGCGAUAUUAAAACUGCGUAAUUUUAUGAAUAUUAAAUAGUUUAGUGUGAUGUGACAAUAAGAGAUGUGAAACUGUUUUAUAGUAAAUAAAAACUAAAACAGCAUUAAUCCAAAACAAUGCAUAAAUCAGGAAUUUUGAGGCUGUGUUUGUUGUGUCUUCUUGUCUUUUGUUCUUCAACAUUAGUAUUUUAUAAAAUGAAAUUGACUACGAAUGAGACAGAUGGGAAAAUUUAUUUACAUAAAUGGAUACCAGAACAGUUAAUUUAUAUUAACAGACAGGAAAAUAUAAAUAAGUUUUGUAAUAAGAUUGAGAACAAAUCAACAGAAAUUAAGAACAUAGUCUCCAAUAAGGAACUGUUGGAGCAUAUACUUGUGGAUUCUAAGCAUAAAAUGCUCUACUGUUAUGUUCCUAAGAGUGACUAAAACACAUUUAAGUUCACAAAUGUGCUAACAUUUAAUGAAACUUGUUAGGUAGUUUAUUUCUUCCUUAUAUCUGUCAAUUGUGGUCAUUUCAAAUGGGAACACUAAUUCUGGGGGAAUUUGAUGAUGAAAAAGGUGGCGUGCACAAACUGGAAACGAGUGUUUAUGAUAAUGACAGGAAUGGUUCAGACAUCUGAUAUAUUAUCCAUUCCAUCGACUGUUGUACACCAGCAGCAUUACAUACCUUCUCUGCUGAACUUCACGGAUGAGCAGAUUCAAGAGAUGCUUCAGACUCAUACGAAGUUCAUAUUUGUCCGUCAUCCGUUUGAAAGACUCCUCUCUGCUUACAAAAACAAGUUUGAGCAGCGUUAUAAUAGCUCAAAGUACUUCCAAAGCAGGUUCGGUCGUAAGAUAGUGAAGACGUUCAGAGCCAAUCCUUCGUACAAAUCGCUGAUGAAUGGUGAUGAUGUAACAUUUUCAGAGUUUGUGGCUUACGUUACGUCUAAGAACAGUGUGUUCAACGAGCACUGGAUGCCCAUCGACAAGCUGUGUGAACCGUGUCUUGUCAAGUAUGACUUUGUGGGUAAAUACGAAACGUUGAACAGAGAUGCUCAAUACAUUUUGGAUCAAGUCGGUGUUGGAGAAAUAUCCUUCCCCAGAAUCAGGCCAACAAAUACAUCUAGCCACCUGAGCAGAUACAUAUCUCAGUUGUCUUACAAUAGUAUUAUUAGUUUGUACAAGAUUUAUCGUAAUGACUUCAAGCUAUUUCAGUAUAGUUUACAAAGUUUUUUAGGCUAUGAUUUGGAAUAAUGCCUGUUACUUAAUAAUACUACUCUUAUUAUAGGAUUGAGGUAAUAUUUGAAAAAAUAUUUGAUUUAGUAUAUCUGCUGCAGUGGACUCUUCCAUCAGUCAUAGUGCUGAGAUUGUAGCAAGUUAUUUGUUGCAAAUUAGCUACAAGUCUCGAAGACUUUAGACUGUGUGUGACUGUGAAAACAGUCACAGCAUAGUGGUUGACUCCUCGUUCAUUUGGUGCUACCUUUAGUAAAAUGUCAAAAUAAGUAUUUUAUUAAAAAUUAUACUUUUUAUCUGUUUCUAAGUUGAAUUAGCACCAUGUUGAUAGUUGGGCUGUGUUAAGUAUGCUAAUUUUGUGUAUUUAUAUUGGGUGGACCAUUCUGCACUUCAGCCACAUUAAAUGUGUUAACAUUGUCAUGUUGUGGAAUGGAUCAAGAUACAAAUAUAUUGCUCAAAUUCAGUCUACAUAAUUUGAGAACAUUUUGUGAAAUACAAUAAGAUCUAAAUUACUCCCUUGAAAUUCUUUAAAAUUUAUCUUAAUGUUCUUAAAACUUGCUUGAUAAUGUAAGUAGGUACUAUUACAUAAACAUUUAUUCGAGGAAUAAUGGAAUACAGUGCUUAACAAAAAUUCAAGAUAAUAAAGUAUCAUCUUAUAUUUUUAUUAGAUUGCAUUAAAAACUAAUACAAAAUAAUUUAACCUGUAGAAAUUAGAUCUUUCAUUAUUUCUAGCACUUGCAAACCAUUAAUUAAAAAAGAGCUAACAAAUAUUUUUUCAAAUGUACCCUACAAUAGCUUUUAAGACACUAAUUACGCUUAUUACAAAGUGCUCAAAUUAUAAAAGGCAUUAUAUAAGGUUCUAACACAUAACAGCCUAGUGUGACCAUAUUGACAUGGUAGCACAUAUAGUAUUUAUACAAAGCAUGAUUCAAUUGACUUUAUAACCUUUCACGCAGAGGUCGACCUACCUCCUGGACGCAAGAGGUCCAUCAAGGAAAUUUGCUCAGAUUACUUUUAUACCAUUUUUUAUUUUCCUUCAAAAGGAAAUCUAUUUAAAAAAUCCUGUGAUUAGUUUGGCUAACUGUGUCUCAGAAUAUACUACUUUAAAUUAUCUGCAAAUAAAACUGAGCUGGUAAAAAUUAUAUUACAAGUACGGUACAAUUCGCCGUAACAUUUUGACAAUGUGGUCGGUUGCUCAUGAGCAAAUUGCUGCAUUUACUUAAAAAGAAAAUGUGUGUAAUAAAAUAAUAUACAUGGAAAAUGUAACUUGAAUUUAUUAGAAGUAAGUGAUUCAAGUAAUCAUGUAAUAAUCAUGUUCUCCUUUGAACUUGUUCAAGCAAUGUAUUAAAAAAAAUGUGUACCCUAAUGGGGUCACAUGGAAUCCAUACCAUCUCUCUUAAACCUGAAAAAUUAUGUUCACAAGCAUUUGUGCUGCAUCAUCCUCCAACAUGAACAUAUUCUGAGUCAUCCCAGCCCAUUAUCCUGUGUUCCCCUCCUUUUUAUCUUUGUUUUACAUUCAUAAAGCUUUGCUGUUGUCAUCAAUUAUUUGUAUACAUUGUAUUUUAGUACAUAAUAGACUAUUUUAGCUUCUUAAGAAUAUAAUAUAGUUUAACACAAUGACUUAAAAUAUUACUCUUCUUACCUCCAAGACAUAGGCUCAUGCCAAGAUCUCUAAUGACAUGUUGGACCUAUAAAACUAUCUGCCUUUUUAACUUGAGACAGACACAGGUACUUACCAAGUCCAACCCGCUAGAAAGGUAAGAAAGGAUGGCCCAGUGGUUAAUAGACUAAAUCUUAUCAGUUAUGUUUAACAUCAAAAGUUCUGUUUACAAGAAUAUAAUAGAAUAUAUUCAUUGCGUUGAUAAUAUAUAUUACAUUGUAUUGCAAUAGUUAAUAAUACCAACUUUUUACAGUAUUUAUCUUAAAAACUAAAUCUAUUCACUCGACUU